AUGUCUGUUACAGGAACUGAAGUCGAUAGUGAUACAACAAAAAAUAUCCUUAGUGUGGAUGAAUUACAGAACUACGGUAUCAAUGCCUCAGAUCUGCAAAAAUUAAAAUCAGGCGGGAUAUACACUGUCAACACCGUUUUAUCAACAACAAGAAGACACUUAUGUAAAAUCAAGGGAUUGAGUGAAGUGAAAGUGGAGAAAAUCAAAGAAGCUGCUGGUAAAAUCAUACAGGUGGGAUUUAUUCCCGCUACUGUGCAAUUGGACAUAAGACAGCGUGUGUACUCAUUAUCAACUGGAUCCAAGCAACUGGAUUCUAUUCUGGGUGGCGGAAUAAUGACAAUGAGUAUCACAGAAGUAUUUGGUGAAUUUAGGUGUGGUAAGACACAGAUGUCCCAUACUUUGUGUGUUACGACACAGCUUCCGAGGGAAAUGGGCGGUGGUGAAGGCAAAGUGGCAUAUAUUGAUACAGAAGGUACUUUCAGGCCCGAGAGGAUUAAGCAAAUUGCGGAAGGCUAUGAACUGGAUCCUGAAUCAUGUCUGGCAAAUGUUUCAUAUGCUAGGGCCUUGAAUAGUGAACAUCAAAUGGAACUCGUUGAGCAAUUAGGUGAAGAGCUUAGUUCUGGAGAUUAUCGUCUUAUUGUGGUAGAUUCGAUAAUGGCAAACUUUAGAGUAGACUAUUGUGGUAGAGGUGAGCUAAGCGAAAGGCAACAAAAGCUUAAUCAACAUCUUUUCAAAUUAAAUAGAUUGGCAGAGGAAUUUAAUGUCGCAGUAUUUCUAACAAACCAAGUUCAGUCAGACCCAGGUGCUUCUGCAUUAUUUGCCUCUGCAGAUGGUAGGAAACCGAUUGGAGGGCACGUCUUGGCACAUGCGUCAGCAACAAGGAUCCUGUUGAGAAAAGGACGUGGUGACGAAAGAGUUGCCAAGUUACAAGAUUCUCCAGAUAUGCCUGAAAAAGAAUGUGUUUAUGUAAUUGGUGAAAAAGGUAUCACCGAUUCAAGUGACUAG